AUGGGGUCAGCCAGCGAUGCAGACACCUUCGUGGACCUGGUCCCAGCGAGCUUGCCGCCCCCUUCGGAUGAGGCUGCUGUCGUCACAACGCUGGGCCAACUCCACAGCUCCGCGUACGGAGCCUUCUUCUUGAACUGUGGCACGUGCGAGGAAUAUGGGCAUGCCAACAAUGAAGGCCCCCGGAAACGAAAGUGGCAAGCCCAGGAAGCCCAUCCGCGGCCGACUGAAGACCCUUGGAAGGACACCGAUUGGCGCGAUGGACGCGACGACUGGUUCGAUGGCCGUCCACAGGUCCGCAACUGGGAAGAAGACUGGGAAGGGCCUCCUUCAGAACGUCCCGCGGGGAUGAAGAUGUCCGGCGGCAUCUUCGCACGCGCGAUGGGCGCCAUUGUGCGCAAGGAUGAGGACGAUGGAAGGGGAGAUGUUGAACCCUCCAAGCGCCGUGCCGUGCCGAAGAAUGUGGCCUCGCGCACACUAAGCCAAUUGGGGGUCCUGGCAGAACCUCGAAAGUCCAAAGUGAUGCUGAAGGAAGCUCCCAAAGGCGUCAAG